AUGGCUGGUGCUAGCAAGGGUUCCACUACGCUCCUAACUGCUACGCUCCACCGCACCGCCUCGAGAGAAGCCGCCUACGUAAUUGCGUGUUGUGUAUGGCCACAUAAGAUAAGUGGGAAAUGUCCCACAACGUGGAGGACUUUCAAUAUGUCGAAAAGAUGUUUGCUAGCGAAUAAUGACUACAGAAAACCCACAAAGGGGACAGCUUGUCCAGAUGUCUGGUACUUGGUUGAACUCCGAUUCUUGUCAUGCUGUUUCAAUAUAAUAAAUUUAGAUUAG